AUGUGGUACAUUAUUGUUGUUACAGUUUCAGAUUUAACUUGCGAUGAGACGAUGUCAGCUAUUGAUGAAGUGGAAAGAAGAGAUGGUCGACGCUUCUUCCAGCAAUCAGUUAGUGUUCCUAUAGCGCGAAUUGCACCGGUAGUGCCGAGUGUUGCUUUACAGCAGAAUUCACGUCAGUUUGUUAAGACGUACAUAAGGAGUCAGGCAAAUGCGCCAUUUGCAGCAGGUUGUUCAAACGGUAGUCAAAAAAUGGUACAUACAUAUGGAACAACAUCAGUUUCUUCUAUUCCUCAGUGCUCCACUGCUGUUCCUGGUCGUUCUAAACUAGUUACUAUACGUCCAGUUGGAACCGCCCAUUCUUUUUUGAAAUCAUAUGAUAUUGCCCAGAUCAGUGGUGGCCCAAUGACGACAGUCUAUCUUCAGCAGCAACAUAAUUUACAUUUAGCAGGUGCACAACAACCUGUUCUUUCCUUACCGCCAUCGCGUGCUCGAGAAUUGGAGGAAUCACGCGUUGUUCGAUCUUCUCCAGCUACUUUUGCAAACUGUGGGAACAUUGAUUCACGUCGAUAUUUGACAUCUGGUCGAAGUGUUGUUGGUGUUGGCGAUGUGCCGGUUCGAAGUUCUGUUCGAGUUAAUCCAAUUAUUAGCAAUGCGGACUUCUUACGCGGUGCGAAGGUAGUAACACGUAUUUCUGAUGAAAGGACGGAUAUGAAACCUGUCGUGAUACCCGCACCAACUGUAAACAUAGCGUGCUCCACCUCUGCUUCAUCUGUUGCUGCAUUGCAUGACACAUGUAUUCCUGUUCCUGUAGGGCAGCAUGAUGGUAUAGCAGGCACCUCAUAUCCUGGACCGAGCGCGCGACCCACUAUUUUGCGCAAAAAUCGAGAAUCAGGCUCUCUCUCUGCGGUGCGUCGCUUAAUUGUUGCAGAAGCUCAUCCACAUACAAACCCAUAUCAGGAAGUACUAGCAUCACCCUUAGCUGCGGUGAAAGACAAUUCGGGGCAAGUUUUUGCUGUUUUAAUGUGUUUCAAACGCGCAAACGCUACAGACGGUCGUAUGCUGAGCGGCUCACCGUGCAUGUCACCUGAUGCUCGCGGAAUCUUUUCUAGGAAAACGCCUGCUUUACUCAUUGGCAAUGUUGUGCAAAACGCAAAAAACUUUCCAGAUCAGAUUGCUGUUGCUGGAGCUGUAGAAGUAUCACCACGGAAAAGACUGAGAAAGCAAAACUUCGAGUGCACAAAUACGGAAAAAAUGAAGUUGCUUAUAAGUACUGAACGAGUCGUUGGAGACUCUUUUGUUACUGUGAAAGAUGAACUUACUUGGAAAUCUGCAGAUCUUGACUGUGAAUCACGAGAAAUGGAAAAUCCAGUGCCUGAAAAAAUGCCCAAACGGCGUAGUCGAAUGCGCGUAGAUAAUUGCUCUGGGACAGUGUCGCUGCAGCAGCGCGUUUCAGCAUCAGUUCCCCAUCAGAUUAAUUCUGAUGGUUAUGCAAAGGUGAAGAGGAUGAAGAAAGCUCAAAUCAUCACACGAAAUAAGUUGUCUGCAUCAGGAGUCCCAGCUGUUGUUGAGCUGGACUCCAAUUCUUGGCCGAUCAAUAGUUUUGUUGAUGAAAAGCGGCCAUCACUGCAAUAUGGACAAACGGAAUGUGCAGAUGCAGAAACAAUAGGUGCUCAGGUUAACCAAAAAUGGAUUGAGGAAGCGGAAGUCCAGAAAAUUGAAGAUACCACUUACUUGAUGUGUCAUAUAUUUGGAUUAGAAAUGGCCGUCCCAGGUAAUUCUUGUUCACACAGUCAACGGAUUCUUCACAACUCAUGCGAUAUAUCAGCGACACUCUGCUUUUUUGGUGAGGACAAGAUAAAUGGAAAUAAUCCUUCAACUGUUUUAGAUGAAACCUUAUCUGAUGUGGCGAUAAUGUUGGCAGAAGAACCCUUUGGAUCAACCGCACAAAAAAGUGCCAUCACAUCGGAAAGCACACCAGAUAUUCAAAACAGUAGUGGAAGAAAUGAAGUCCAAUGUCAUCAGUUUACUGAACAGAAUCGGAAGGUGCUUGCUCAAAUGCUUCUAUGUUCUGGUUUAAAAGAUCGUUGGCAACGAUUUGAUCGCAUCUCCGGUUGUGAGCGUGUGAUAAAACGAAUAUAUGUGAAGCGCUGGAUGUUGCAAGAACAUUUUCGCAAUGCAAAGCAGUCGGUAACAACCGAUGUUGAACUAAAUUUAAAUUUGAUUGCUUCAUUGGAGGAUUAUUCACUUAUGGCGGCCAAAAAGCAGGCGGAAAAAUUUCUUGAAAAUUAUACAGUUUGUUCACCUUCAACCUCCGAUAAUGUUUUUGAAAAGAAUGUUAAUAAUGGGCCUGUAUAUAUUUACAAAUAUCUGGAAGAAGCUUUAGAAAUUUAUACGCGUAGUGCGAGCAGUGGCUUAGCAGGAACUGGUCAUAUAUCAUCUCGGAGAAGCAUACAAACAGGUGUUAGGUUAUCUCGUGGUUUGCAGCCUUUUAGUUACGCGAGUCGACGUGACCCAGAAACCGAAAUGCUACAAGCAGUUGCAGAAGUUCUUGCGGAAAUUAUUGAAAUUGUCGUCGAAAGUGAUAAAGGUGGACAAGAAGAGAAAAAUGAACAGCAGCAUUUAGGAAGAAAAAGAAAAAAGAAAGAUGACCAUUUGUUCGAAAUCAAAAUUGCAGAUCGAUUUGGGACCCUUGAACUACCUCAUACUCACACUGUACCUCAAACUUCGAACAGUGUUGUUACCCUAUAUGAUAAUAUAAGCCAGUACACUCUUAGCAGAAAAAGGAAAGCAGAAGCUCGAGAUGCGGAUGAUGCUUUCUUUAUGAAUAUUGAGAAAGAACUAAAUCGUAAAAGGAAACGAAUUGGAAAAGAUAAAAGCCUUUCUCGGACAUUGCAUUCUAUAAGUCAAAUGCGAGUAGUCCAUCAAAGAUUAUCGGAUUUACGGAAGGCCGAACGUGACAAUUUAAAUGAAGCAACAAAACAGAUGCUUAAUCUUGUCAGAUAUAGUGACCCUACAUCUUAUGCCGAACUGAUAAAUGAUCACAAAGAAGACUGUCAACCUUAUGAUAAUGAAAUCGUUCGAGAAGAAAAAUGGCAAAAUCGGCUUCUAUCAUUUACUAAAGCAGUUCCUUCUAAAAUUAUUUCAACUUCAAGGAAUUAUGAUGCAAAUAUAGCAAUGAAACUUCAUCCACCAAUGAAUUAUACGCUCAAAUUGUUUCGGGAAAAGUGUAUUCGACCACCUAAACGUUUUCGGUCAGGAAUGAAACGAACGCGCAAAAGUCAGUCACGUAGAAAUCGCGGUCGCCAACGUGGAAGUAUUGCACGUUCCAAGAAAAAAUCACCGACUCCUGAGUCGAAGCUGGAGGAUCUUGAGCCACAUUUUACAGCUGCAGAAAUGGGCGCGAUAUAUGAACGUUGCUCACAACAAAAAUUACAUUCCGCUUGUAUUGAUCAAGAGCAGCCAUUCCAUAGUAGAGAAGAGCAAAGGUUGGGAACAACAGAAACGUCAAUUCGAAAUGUACCUUGCACAGAUUGUGUUGUGUUAAAGAAGAAUACAUCAGUGGAUAUAGAAAAUAAAGGUGCAACGGUUAGUGAAGUCACGGCAGUAAUUUCCGAAGAUCCAGAAGUUGUUAUUGAAAACUUGAUGAGUGGAGAAGCGCAGCGUGGGAAUGGAAGCGACGGAAGUCAUGUUGAUUCAUUGGUGACAGUGCCUUAUAUAGAUCUUACUCAAAAUGAUGAAAUCAGUUUAUCAGAACAUGUGCAAACACGCGGGCGAUACAUACGUGAGCAUUUCGCCACAUUGCUACAUGCACUGCGAAUGAGUGAGCUGUUGACAGUGAAAGCGAUCAAAAUGUUCAAGGACUACACAGCAGAUCUGUUCGACAAUAGAGAUGCGAGUUAA